AUGUCUUCAACAAGUCCCGAAGAGGGCUCGCCUGGUGUCGGCGCGACCUGGAACGAUGCCAAAGUGUUAGAAAAGCAAGAGGCUCGGCCGCCACCCCGGAAGCGGAGAAGAAUCGUAAUCUCAUGCAUCGAAUGUCAUCGGCGAAAACAAAAGUGUGAUCGCGGGUUACCGUGCGCUAACUGCGUAUCGCGCAACAAGCAGAGCGCAUGCCGAUAUGAGACGGGCGCGCCCACCGCCAAAAAGCACGGCAGCCUGGCCACCGCCGGCGCGUCGUCGUCUGCCCCUGACGACAGCAAGACUGCCUCUGCUGCUCAAAAUCAUAACCAUGACCAUGACCCUCCUCCCACCAGCACCGUCACCAAAGCAGAAUCCUUCGGCUACUCCCACACCGGCGCCAACACGCUGGGCUUCCUCCACCACAUCGAAACCAGCACCUCCAUCAACAACCCUCGUUCCCCAACCUCACCCACCCUCACGUCCGCAGCCCUCGCCUCCCCGGACACCGCCAAGGACUCAUGGACCAUUCGUGACCGCUACAGGUCGCUUAUCCGGCAACUGCCUCCGCGCAGCGCCAUCGAGAAGCUCGCGGCCUUGUACUUCUCCGAGUUUGGCUGGCAGUAUGGCGUUCUCGACGAAGACCUGUUUGCUGCGCAACUGAGCGAGUGGUAUCGUCUGCCGUUCAGCUUGCUGGCGGCGGGCGGACCGGGCCCGGCGGCCUUGAAUCCUGAGAUGAGGGCUUUUCCGGCGGUCGUAUUGCAGGUUUGUGCCGUGGCGCUGUUGGUGGUUGAUGAUAAUGAUGGUGACGAAGGGUUGGAAGGGCUCAAGUAUGCAGGGGGGAUGACGUUUGAGGAUCUGGCGAGGGAGUAUAGUGAUGGUGGGGUGGAGGUUUUGAGAGUGUUGGGGAAGAGGGGGAUGGGGUUGAAUAAUGUCGUGGCCGGAUGGCUGAGAUGUGGCUGGUUGAAGUACGCCGGCUUGGUGACUGAGUCGUGGCAUGCAAUCGGCUCUGCAAUACGCGACGCGCAGGAGAUUGGACUGCACAGGGACAGCCUCGACCCCAAACCUAGGGGCGAGGGAGCUGAAGGUGUCCUGGAAAACCAAUGGGAGGUGGAGCGGCGGAGGAAAACUUGGUUGAUGCUAGCCCAGUGGGAUAUUCACAUGGCAUCGGUUCUCGGCCGCCCGACAAACAUCAACCUGAGCAUGGCACCGCCAUCGCUGCCCGUCGACGCCCCCGUCCCCAAGGACCGCUCCAAAACGCCUGUCCGCCCCAGAGGGGAGUCCGACCCCCCCACGCCCCUGACCCGAGCAAUCUGGUCACACCAUCUGAUGAGCCCCCUGAAAGAGAUCAUUGAGCUGGAGAAGGAGGGGCCCUGCCCGAAGGACUUUACAAGGGUCGACCGACUGCACAACCAGCUAUUGGAGCUCGACGCCAGGACACCUUCAUACUUUCGGAUGCAGAACCCGGACACGCGGUUUGACGACUUGCCUGAGUGCCGCGUCUGGCUCCCGAUGGUGAGGGUGAUGUUGCCGCAGCUGACGAACCUCGAGCUGAUGGCGCUGCAUCGGCCCUACAUCUUUACCCGUCCUAAGAGCAGGACCGAGGCGCUCAAAGCGAGUUUGGCUAUGCUGCAUGCACAAAAGCUGCACUUCAUGGCGCUCAAGCCGCAGCUGUACAAGACGUUCUCCCUCUUUUUUGGCACCUUCGACGCCAUCGUGCUGAUGGCAUCCAUCUACAUCCUAUUUCCCAAGGAGCAUCCCGAACUGGUGCGGGACGCGCUGCAGCACUUCCAGUGGGCGGUGCAGCGAUUCGAGGCCAUGUCGCAGCGCAACCCGCUGGCCAAGGCGGCCUUGGGCGUGCUUCAUGCCAUCUACAUGCGACUGAAGAAAUCACUGGGGAUUUCGGCCAGUCGUCCGGCUGGAAUCACCAACGGCCGCCUUACUGGCUCUUCUCGGGAUACCGCUGCCAAUGAUAUAUCCAGCACGGUAGACGCCAGUUUUAACCCUUCCCAGUCUACGGACUCCAAAUCGAGUCUCAGCAUAUUCACACCGCCCACCACGGAAGACGAGUUCUCCCCUCCUCAGAUAUCGCAGACGAGCGGAGUGCUUCAGCGGGAGGGCAACGCCGCGCCAUCCUUCAACUUUAACCUGGACCCCGACCUCUUCGCCGGCAGCAACACCUCCAACAGCGACGGCCAGCUCGACUGGAAUCCGCCAAAUGACUUUGACUGGGCCAGCGUGCAGCCCAUCUACGCCACCAGCGACCUGCUUUAUCACGAUCUGAUGGGGAGCUCGACGGUGGCGGCCGUUGAUUCGGGAUGGGAUUAUCAGAAUCUGUGCCCGACUCUGGUCCGAAGGAACGGCUUGGGGUAUGGUGACAAUGCGGACGGCUUGCCGUUGACGGCCGGGGAGGGCGUGGGCAUGGGCGUGGGCAUGGGCGCCGCGGAAGGCGGAGGAGGAGAGCUUCCAGCGGCCUGUCGGUUUCAGGGGGAUUUCGGGGACGAUAGCGUUUGGAGUCUGCUGAAUCAGUAUACCCCUUUCUGA